GUAAACAUGCCAAACUAAAUCGCCCUAAACACACAUUCACCGAAAAGGAGCGCAUUUUCACGUAGCACCUAGUAGAAAUGAAUAUUUUAAGGCAAAUUCUUCCCCUUUCACAGCAGCUAUCGAAAUGUUUUUCAUCAGUAAGCACACAGCAAGCGUACUCCCUCGUCCAACGGAAUGUAAUGUCGCUGCCAUCGGUAAGAGCGAUUUCCACCACGAUGCCACGGGCUGAGCUGAUGGAUUUUUUCGACGAAAAGAAAAACUGGGGCGAACAGGAGGUAAAGCAUGGCCGCGGCUGGACCAAGGACGAUCUGCGCAUCAAAUCGAACAGCGACCUGCACAAGCUGUGGUUUGUGCUGCUGAAGGAGCGCAACAUGCUGCUGACGAUGGAGCACGAGUGCAAGGAAAAAAUGGAACUGUUUCCAAGCCCGGAACGGUUAGAUAAGGUAAAAGAAUCAAUGGAGAAUCUGGAGGAAGUGGUACGGGAGCGCAACCGCGCCUACUACGAGCUCGAAACCGGACAGACGGGCGAACGGCCGGGAAAGGUCGUCCCGAACGAGCUUGGCAUACGGUUCUACUACCGUGCGUUCGAGCACGUGAUUCCCAAGUUUGCUAACCGCAAGUGGAACGAGCGGCACAAGUUUACGUUCGGCGGUACGGCCGUGAGAAAGUUUUUGCACCUGUACCGCGAGCGGUUGUACAACGAAAAACGGAAGCUUCGCAACCGGGAGCGGAACGAGGUGGUCCAUCUGUUGCGCCGGUUUCCUAACAUCGAUCGUGAAACGCUUGCCCAACGGUUCCCAUCGGUGGAUGUGGAGAAGCUGUACAAGCUGGAUAAGAUUCGUAUGAAUCAACCCAUCAAGAGUAGCUCGUAGGCGCGCGCGCGCGCACGUGUCCUCCGUGAUUAGUUGUGAAUAAAGUAUUCGGAAGCGGUAAAGAGA